GUAUCACGUGACACACCCCGGAAGUUGGUGACGUCGCAGAAAAACAAAGAUGGCGGGGAUAGGGAACAGCGGCUACUGGGAAGAUCUCCGGAAACAGGCGAGACAACUGGAAAACGAACUCGACCUGAAGUUGGUUUCCUUCAGCAAACUCUGCACCAGCUACAGCAGCUGCAGAGAUGCUCGCCGAUCAGACACGUCUGACACAACACCUCUACUCAACAACUCGACCCAGGACAGGAUGUUUGACACAAUGUCAGUGGAGCUUGAACAGCUGUUGGCAAAACUAACCGCAGUGAAUGAUAAAAUGGCAGAAUACACAAACACACCUGGUUCAGCGUCUCUUAAUGCUGCCCUUAUGCACACUCUACAGAGACAUAGAGACAUCCUGCAGGAUUACACGCACGAAUUUCACAAAACCAAAGGCAACUUUCUGGCCAUCAGAGAAAGGGAAGAUCUGCUGGGUUCUGUACGAAAAGAUAUUGAGACAUACAAAAGUGGAUCAGGUGUCAACAAUAGACGAACAGAGCUGUUUCUCAAAGAACAUGAGCACCUCAGAAAUUCAGAGCGACUGGUAGACGACACAAUAAGUAUUGCCAUGGCAACCAAGGAGAACAUGACAUCCCAGAGGGGUGUGUUGAAGUCCAUACAGAGCAAGGUCAACACUCUGGCUAACCGGUUCCCGACCAUCAACAACCUCAUCCAGCGAAUCAACCUGCGCAAGAGGCGGGACUCUCUCAUCCUGGGCUCUGUCAUUGGUGUGUGCACCAUCAUCCUGCUGCUCUAUGCUUUCCACUGAAGUCUAAGAGAGACCAUCACACCAGAGACUGUUUAACUGUGCACCGCUACCGGGACUUUACAUAGUUCUUGAAGAAUCCUGGAGACUGAACAUGUGGACAUUUGGCCAGGAUAAACCACUGAGCUUUGUAGGGGGUUGAUGGUUGAUCUGCCAACGUGAAACUUGAGACCAAAACUACACAUAAGACUAGAUUUUAACCAGUUUGUGAGACUGAACAGCAGGACUGGAUGGAAGAAUUUUCAGUUGACUGGACCUUUUUAAUUGAGGAAAUGGGGAAGUAUUGUGGGAUGUAAAAUGUGAAUUAAUAAAUUAUUCAUAACUGUGUGUGAAGCUCACUAGAUACUGUUUAUUUUUCAAAUACAUUAUCUAAACCAUU